CAUCGCCCGCCCCGCUAUGACUCACUUGUCAAAGGGCACCGAAAUGGAGCUGCUGGCUGGCGAUCUGUGGGAGUCCUGCCUCUUCCUCUUGCUCUCCGGGCCCCUGCUUGCUUUCGGUUUCUACUGCGCCUACGUCCACUACGUCCAUCUGCGCUAUGACCACAUCCCUGGGCCGCCCAGAGCCAGUUUCUUAUUUGGACAUUUGUCUUACCUCACGAGACAAGCAAAGGACAGUGGUAAAAUUCGACAGGAUGUAUUUUUGGAAUGGGCCAAAGAAUAUGGACCGAUUGUACGUAUAAAUGUCCUUCACCGAGCCUCAGUGAUUAUUACAAGUCCUGAAUUAGUCAAGGUAUUCCUGAUGUCCCCCCAAUACAAAAAGGAUGCCCUUAUCUACUCGAAGUUACACAGUUUGUUUGGCAAAAGAUUUUUAGGGAGAGGUUUGGUGUCAGAAUUGGAUCAUGAACUUUGGCAGAAGCAGCGGAGAAUUUUCGAUCUAGCUUUUCACCGAAGUUACUUGAUGAGUUCCAUGGGAACAAUCAAUGAAAAAGCAGAACAAAUGAUGGAAAUGCUGGAAGCCAAGGCUGAUGGGAAGACUGAAGUAUGCAUGGAAGAUGUGAUAUCCUCGACCGUUUAUGCCAUAUCUACUAAGACAUUUUUUGGAAUGGAGUUAAAAUCUUUGGUUGAUGAACAGAAGCCAUUUCUUCUUGCAAUACGAAAUGUUAUCGAGGGUGUAACUCUGGCUGACAACCCCUUUUUAAAGUUUUCACUAAGGAAACGAAAGUGGAUAAACAAGACCCAAGAAAGCAUAAGGUUUCUACGUGAGAUGGGAAAAGAGUGGAUCGAGUACAGGCGUGAAGCCAUCCAGAACAAUCGAGAGUUUCCACCCGAUGUCAUCAUGCAGAUGCUUAAAGCAGAAGCUGAAGAAGGAAUAAAUGACGAGUUUAUGGUGGAUAAUUUUGUCACUUUUCUCAUUGCUGGAGCUGAAACCUCUUCCAAUCAGAUACUACUUGCAUUAAUGGAACUACAACGACAUCCAGAAAUAGUAGAACGGCUUCAUGCUGAGGUGGAUGAAGUUAUUGGUUCCAAAAAAAUCAUUGAAUAUCAAGACCUUGGAAAAUUGCAAUACCUCUCACAGGUUCUCAAAGAAAUUCUUAGGAUAUAUCCUCCUGUCACAGGAACUGUGCGGAGGCUGGAGAAAGACACUGUGUUUGAUGGCGUUCUCAUUCCAGGAUGCACCUCGUUAUUCUUCAGUACCUAUGUAAUGGGCAGGAUGGAGAUGUACUUUGAGGAUCCCUUGACUUUUAAUCCAGACCGAUUCAGUCCUGGAGCUUUCAAGCCAAAUUUUACUUACUUUCCGUUUUCGUUGGGGCCAAGAUCCUGCAUUGGACAAUACUUUUCACAGAUGGAAGUGAAAGUGCUGAUGGCCAAGCUGUUUCAGAGGCUGAAGUUUCAGAUGGUCCCAGGACAGAGUUUUGGGAUUUUGGAUUCUGUGACUCUGAAGCCCAAGGAUGGCCUGGUCUGCACCGUCAAGCUCCGGGGUGCUUAGGAAGGCUUUCUCUGGUCGUGAAGGACAUCUGUAGUUCAGCCUUUAAAUGUUGGAUUCUUUAGAUGUCAUGGACCUUUCCCAGAAUGGAAGUCAGAAUUAGAGGCCUUCCAAUUCAGAAAGCUGCUGGAAUACAGAUGGCUAAGAUAUCAGAUCUUAAAGGCCCAGCUUGCAGUAGGCUAUCUGCCAUCUAAAGCUGAGAAUAUUUAUUCUCACUCCUAAUGGAUAGAGGCAGAAUGAUGUCAUGAACGGUGCUGGAUUUGGAGCCAGGAAAACAUGGGUCCGGUCCUGCCCCAGAUAGUAGCUGUGUAACGCUGGGCAAAUCCUUGCACUCUUCUCAGUCCGUUUCCUUGUAUGUAAAAUGAGGACAAUAGCAGUGUUUAUUUCACAGGCUUAUUGCAAGAAUCAAAUGAAGUUGGGUGUGUGAAGCACUUUGCAGGUCUUAAAAUGCUAUAGAAAUACCAGCUAUGCUAGAGAGAAUUAAGUAUGAUAGAGAAUUAGGUCUUGGGAUUAUGAUUGAGAAGGGUCAUGGCGGAAGGCAAAGAAUUGAUCAGAGGUGAACUCAAAAGAUGAAAUAAUCAGAACCUGAAAUAAUCAGAAAAGUUUCUUCCUUCUUUUAGUCAGAGGAUUAUUUAGACUAAUUCUAAAUCUGUCAAUCUGGUCAAAGUAAUCUAGUCAAAGGAGAUCAGUUAAGGGCCUCCCAUCCUUGUCCAAGCACCACACUUAUUACUUCAGGGAGGAUUGUUCCUGGGCUGGACUGGAGAGAGGGGAAUGGGAUAUGGUUUAGGAAUCUAGAGUAAAGAAAGAUUAAUCCAAAGUCUUCCUAUUAGGAUAAUUUAAAAUUAAUUGAUUCAUUAAAUUUAAUAAAAAUCUCUUAUUUCUGAAAGAAGCAUAUAGAGAGUGAAUUUGCUUUCACAUUUGUUACCAAGCCCUCUGAAAAGAUAACCAUGCCUCAGUUCUCCAUUACCACUGAGAACAUUUAUGGGUAGUGGUCAGGUAAGUGGCAGGCUACCAAGUGGAGUUGGAGCCCAUUUUGUUCUGUGCCCACUAUUACUAAAUGAAUAAACCCUAGUA